ACCACACUCUGUCAUCUCCUCAUCGCUUACACAUUAGUUUUUAGACAGUGACAAUGGGGUCUUCAACCACAAUUAGUCUCUUGUCAAGCAUCCCAGCCACGAAGGCCGUGGUUGGGUCUAUCAUCAUUGCUUGUUUCUAUAUUGUUGUCUCCAUUGGCGUGCAAUGGUAUCGUCUCAAACACAUCCCAGGACCACCUCUUGCGUCUCUGACGAGCCUAUGUAUAUUCCGAUGGUUCAGAGCGAUGAAUUAUUAUACAACUGGUAUCCACCUGUAUGAGAAGUACGGGGAAAUAGUCCGCAUCUCUCCUACAGGUGUCCUAGUAUCCAUUCCCGAGCCUCUUUGGCAGGUCAACUCGGCCCGCUCCACUUACGCUCGCAGUGCCUUCAACACCUCCCUUCGGCUCAACCCCUGGGGCAAUAACUUGAUCUCCGAGCUUGAUACCGCUAAGCAUGACAAGCGCAAGGCAAAACUAAUCUCGGGCUUCUCAGGCAAAGGCCUGAUGAACCUCGAGAGCAACGUUGACGCACAAAUUGCCACGCUGGUCAAUGUUCUGCAGUGGCGAACCAAGGAUGCCAAUGGGCCUGCCGUUGUCGACAUUGGACGCACACUUCAGUAUUUCCAGGUCGACCUCAUUACUCAAGCUGGUAUUGGUAACACCUGGAGAGACCUGCCACUGAACGAGGAUCGCUUCGGGUGGUUACAGGACGCAGAAAAAUCAGUUCCCUGGAUGUUCUCCCUUGCGGUGGUGCCUCUUUUGCGUUCUAUCUAUUUUUCACCGCUUUUUCUUCAUGUCUUUGGUCCUAGUCUGACUAAGGGCUGGCUUGGUGUGCUCCAUGAAGAAGUUCAAGAGAGCUUGAAGCCUGACCAGGAAAAGGCCCACGAGGGGAACAUGCUGACUGAGUGGCUCAAGCAUGGGCUGUCACCAGCUGAGGCUGAACUAGAUCUCGCGCUUUUGAUGCCAGCUGGGACCGAGACAUCAAUCACCACAAUUCGUGGCAUCCUGAUGUAUCUCAUGGUCUCUCCAAAUGCCUACCAAAAGCUCAGACAAGAGAUUACAGAUGGGAUCCGAGAAGGUCGUAUCUCGAGUCCUGUCACUAGUGAGGAGACGAAACAUCUUCCUUAUCUUCAGGCUGUCCUGAACGAAGGCAUGCGGCUUGUGCCUCCUGUCAUUAUGGGGCUCCCUAAGGUGGUCCCUGCCGGUGGAGACACCAUCUGUGGGAAGUAUCUCCCAGCGGGCACAGAGGUCUUUCCCAACCACGUUGGCCUGAUGCAGAACCAGGAAGUGUUCGGGCCAGAUGUGAGCAUGUUCCGACCCGAACGGUUCAUCGAUUGCGAUGAGGCCACCAGGGCAAGACGUCUGAAGGUGGUCGAUCUGCAAUUCGGGGUUGGUCGCUGGAUGUGCCUGGGCAAGGUGUUGGCGUGGAUGGAGAUGCACAAGAUCUUUGUCGAGCUGCUCCGGUCUUUUGACUUUCAGCUCCUCAACCCAGAGAAGCCUUGGCACCGAUACUCAAAUGCAAUCUGGAUCAUCAAAGAUUUCUACGCUGUCGUCAGGGAAGAUCCUAUUACUGCGUGAUUCUCAGCGAGUGCUAAUCAACAUCGGAUGUUGGAGUGAUGUGCUUGAGCACGACUAGUUACGUGCGCAUGAUUAUGCAUUCUUAUAAAGACUAAAGUAUGAAUUGGGAACCAGAUUGUUCAACAGAUCGUUAGGUAGUAUACAAGGUCCUUGUUUGAUGUUUUAGUUAAUUAGCUUUGCAAUUUUACUCUAUUGCUUUGAAUCCGCCUCGAACAAAUCCAGUCCGUGUUAUUGCUUAG